CGGGAGCGGCGGCGCCGGCGGCAGCGCGGCCGCCGGCGGCGGGAGGAUGAGGCUGCGGAUCUACAAGCGGAAGGUGCUGCUGCUGGCGCUGGCGCUGGCGGCCUGCGCGCUGGUGCUGUGGGGAGGCGGGGGGACGGGCGGGCGGCGGAGGCGGCCGCAGCAGCCGCAGCAGCGGGGCGGCACCGGAGAGCCGCCGCGGGUCAGCGAAGCGCCGCGCCGCCCCGCCGGCGCCGGCAACGCCUCGGCCUCGGCCUCCGCCGCCGCCCCGACCGCCGGCGCGGAGAACGGCACGUUGAGCUACCGCUCGCUCGUCUACCGCCUCAACUUCGACCAACCGCUGCGCAACGCGGGGCGCUUCCCGGCCCGGCCCGGCGGCCCCGACGUGGUGCUGGUGGUGCAGGUGCACGACCGCGCCGAGCACCUGCGGCUGCUGCUCGAGUCCCUGCGGCGCGCGGCGGGCGUGGAGAACGUGCUGCUGGUGCUGAGCCACGACCUGUGGGCCGACGAGCUGAACCGGCUGGCGGCCGGCGUGGACUUCUGCCCGGUGCUGCAGGUCUUCUUCCCCUUCAGCGUGCAGCUGUACCCCCGCGAGUUCCCCGGCCACGACCCCCGCGACUGCCCCCGCGACGUGGGCAGGGCGGCGGCGCUGCGCCUGGGCUGCCUCAACGCCGAGUUCCCCGACUCGUUCGGCCACUACCGCGAGGCGCGCUUCUCGCAGACCAAGCACCACUGGUGGUGGAAGCUGCACUUCGUGUGGGAGCGCGUGCGGGCGCUGCGGGAGCACGCCGGGCCCUUCGUCUUCCUGGAGGAGGACCACUACCUGGCGCCCGACUUCUACCACGUCCUCAAGCGGCUGUGGGCGCUGCGGCAGCGCGACUGCCCCGAGUGCCAGCUGGUCUCGCUGGGCUCCUACGCGCUGGGCCGCGGGGGCUUCGCCGGCCGCGCCGACAAGGCAGAGGUGAAGACGUGGAAGUCCACGGAGCACAACAUGGGCAUGGCCUUCGGCAGAGACACCUACAGGCAGCUCAUCGAGUGCACGGACGCCUUCUGCACGUACGAUGACUACAACUGGGACUGGACGCUGCAGCACUUGACUGUCUCGUGUCUUCCAAAGUUCUGGAAGGUGCUGGUACCCGAAAUCCCGCGCGUGUUUCACACGGGAGACUGCGGCAUGCACCACAAGAAGUCCUGCAGGCCGUCCUCCCAGAGUGCCAAAAUCGACUCUCUGUUGAGCAGCAACCGGCAGUACCUGUUCCCCGAGACGAUGAGCGUCAGCAAAAGGUACUCCAUGGCCCCCCUGUCCCCUCACGUCAAGAACGGAGGCUGGGGGGACAUCCGGGACCACGAACUCUGUAAGAGUUACCGCCGCCUCCAGUGAGGACCUCGCUCGCAGCCUUCUCCUUUUUGAACUGCCCCAUCCCGUCUUUUACAGACACACACGUGUAUAAAGAGAAAAACAAACGAAAAAAACAAGCAUUUAUGAGUUGGUUUCUGCUUUAAUAUGAAUAAACAUUCAUGUCAAAGGUGUCCCAAAACGUUCAUCUCCGGUGUGCGGAGCUCGGCAGCGCUGUGUGCGGCCGGGCUGUGGAGCAGCGUGGAUGGUUGUGCUCCGUGCUGCGCUCACUGGAGGACGAAUAAAAGGAGGAAGAGGAGGAGAGAGCUCUGCACCAAGCACGUCUUUGCAGUGCUCGCUGUGUACGCUUUGGGUUCUUUUUUGCACCGUGUCCUGGGGCAGCGCGUUGCCUCCCUGCCAUCCGCGGUGCUGUGCUGUGCCGGGUGGUUGGCUGCGUGUUGGUGAAUAUAUGAAGGAAAAAAAGAAAAAAAUCAUUGUUUUUACUACGAUGUAGAUAAAUAUAUACAAUUUUUUUAGUUCUGCCAAAAUAAAAUUCAGUUGUUUUGUAAUGCUGGAGGAGUUCUUCAUUAUCCUAUAACGGUGAUGGCCUCUUGUGUUGCUGCGGAGCCGGGACGUGGGACGGCAUCCAUCAGCCUGCACUGAACUUCACUGUGGUUUGAAUGAAUGGCACUAAUGGAGCUAGAGUAGAGGAACAGCUGUGUGCUGCCCCCCAGCUUGCAUUGGAGCUGUCAGCGGCGUGAAGUGGGAGCAGUGCUGGGUGAUGGAAGGGGCUGAAAGGAGGUGAAAGCAGCAGAGCCCUUCGUUAACAGCCAGCACUCGUCAGUGUGGGUUAAGGUGAUGGCACAGCACCUCUGGCAGCAGAGAGGUUUGUGUAACACGGGUGUGUUAGCAAAGGAAGUUGCUACUGAAGGUGGCACAGGUAGAUUUUACAUUGAGGGAUGCUGGGGGGAAUAUGAAAAACCAAUUUUGUUUCUUAAUCAGAUGGAAUAGGGCUGGUGUUGUUAGGAGACCAGAGGUAACAGCGCAUGGGGACACGGGCAGCACUGCCCUUCUUCCCCACCUUGACAACACUUUGGGUUGUGAGCGUGUCACUGAAAUGUUCUUUGCAGAGCGAGCCAGGUUUUGUGAAAUAGUCCAAAUAAUACAAAAUGUUUACUCUGAAUGUGCCAUGAUAAACUGCAUUUUUGUUAUGGGUAAUUUGAGUGCCAAGAUUUUGUAUGAGCUUUGGUAUUUGCUACAUUUCAUCGUUCCACAGUCAGGGCUGAUGCUGAGAACAGCAGUGCAGGCUGUGUCAGCUCCCCCCA